AUGGUCAGAAAACAUCCUGAUGUCAGAACGAAGGGAAAACAGAUCGAUAUGAGUGAUCUGUACGCCGAUAAUAUCGUAAUGUUUCAGAGAAGGUAAGUGAAAACCACUCUUUGUCUUCAGGUCAUUAAGAAAUAACGACUACAACAGAGAUAUCCCGAUGGACACAGGCCCUGCAAUUGUCAGAAAAUAAUUUCAAGAUGUUAUCGAACAUCAGCUUAUGUCCAAAACAUUUUACAAAAUCCUUGCAGUGAAGUAUUGUAUAACUCUUUCCGCUGCAAUGCUUUCUACACACACCCUGUUCGACAUUUGCCCGCCCCACUCCACCCUCGUAACAAUAAACGACCUCCUGUCCUCCUUGGAACAUGGUGGAACAAGUGUAUUGUCAAAUAUAUUGAGUCAUUUAUGAACACAUUUAUUCAUUGAUAUAGUUCUUUGAUACUGGACUAAUAUACUUAAAUUUUACGCUUGGAAUCAUGAUGUCGUGAAUAUACAGAUAAGCGAAUACACGACCUGAAUGAACAAAUGAAUGAAUGAACUGAUGAAUGAAAAAGUGGAUGGGUACAUGUGUAAACGGAAUCAAAAUAAGAUUAUUAACAAUAGUAAGCGUACAAAUUAGCAUUUAAAGAAUAAAUGUAUUUUACGAAAAAAUUCAGUAAGUGCGCUCAAAUUUAGUCGUUCUUUUUUUUUAACCCCAGGCACUACAAGCCCCUCACGAUAAUCUUCAACAUCAUUCUUCCAACUCUUGUUCCAUGGUACUUCUGGAAUGAAGCGUUAUGGAACUCGUUUUUCGUUUGUUUUGCGUUUCGUUACGCUUAUUUACUCAAUGUCACGUGGAGCGUGAACAGCUUUGCCCAUAUAUGGGGAUCACGACCUUACGACGAAGCCAUAAGCCCUUCGCAGAACCUUGUUGCUAAUCUUGGUACACUCGGUGAAGGCUACCACAACUUUCAUCACUGUUUUCCUCAAGACUAUGCUACAUCUGAACUGGGUACUUAUAUCAACUUGUCUAAAUUUUUUAUAGAUUGUUUCGCUCUUGUCGGGCUGGCUUAUGACUUAAAGACAACUUCUAAGGAAGCUGUGUUACAACGCAGGAGGCGUACGGGAGAUUUAAGAAACCAAAAGCAUUAGGGGGAUAAAUAUUUACCAGAGAUUACGAGACAUCAUCUUUUCCCUUUUUUCCUCUUGAUAUUUAGCAAUUAGUGAAUUUCAUUCAUGAAAUAAGUUUUUGUAUGCGUGACAUAAUUUGAAACCUUUUUAAAAGUAUUCGUACACUGUUUCUUUCAUCUGUUGUAGCUAGGUGUGUGAAAAGAUGAAAACACAACCUCACUCCCCCCAUCCCCUCCCAUACGAAUGUUGUCUUUGAAGGUAGCAAUGCUGCUGGAAAAUCACAUUGUGCCUGGGAGGGAGGGGAAGGGAAGAGUAAGUAAUGUUACAACGAGGGGAGAGUAAGUAAUGUUACAAUGAGUGCAAUUAUACAAGUACGCUAUUUAUUUGAUCCUGUUCAAAUUUAAGGUGACAAUUCAUUAUCUGUUUGAAUUUUUGUAAAGUUGUCUUGAGGACUUUUGGAGAGGUUAACUUCCAGUUCAGAGCAACCUUAAAUUACCAGAGUUAAGGUGACCCUGAACUUCGUUGAGAAGUAUGUAGGCAUGUUCAUUGAUACCAUUUCUGUCACACAUCGGUGCUAAAAGUAUUUGUUACACCCAUAUUAUAUCAGGUAGCACUAAACUUAAGGGCCAAAUGAUAAUUUAACCAUCCUUCAUUCAACUGAGCCCUGAUCUAAUCAUGCUACGGAAGGCGGCAUGACAAGUUAACCAGGUUUUAUCAACUGAAUUCCCAAAGCUAACGUCUCGACCGUUAGUCCUUCGUUAGAGCGAAUCUGGGAUAAAGAAGCUUAUAUGAAAGCCUCGGUUGAAACAUGUACACCAUUACCACUGUUAACAUGUCAAGAUUGAUGCGGAGAAGUUUAGUUACAAUCUGACUCAUUACAUUAGAAAAAAAAUCCAGCCACAUUAACAAUAGAAAGAAGGUUGUAUUUGUAUCCGUUCACUCUUACUUACAUGAUAUAUAUGUACCCCAUGAUAUUGAUUUUAUUCCUAUCAGUUCUACCACUAAAGCUGAUUUUAAAAUCAAAUAAAC